AUGCCUGGCGAAUACGAAACAAAAGAGGUUCAGCUCGCCGUCGAUGCCGACGUCGACCACCAGACGGGGGAGCUGUCGGAAAAGUCCUUCUGGUUGACCACUCGACGAUGGAUUCGAUCGAUUGGGGCAGAAGAAUUCGGCGUCGAACGCAUCUCGGAAGAGAUGCGCACCACCCAAAAGCCUCGCGAUCUCUUCACUAUCUUCUUCAGCGCCAACUGUAAUACCGCUACGUUGGCUCUCGGAUUCCUGGCACCCACGCUCUUCGCACUCGGGUGGUGGGACUCAUUCUGCUGCAUCUUGUUCUUCAACAUUAUCGGCGCUGUGUGGCCCGCUGCGGCUUCACGAUUUGGUCCAAAACUGGGAUUGCGCACCAUGAUUGUCCCCCGAUACUGCUUUGGAUGGUGGCCAGCCAAAGUCCUUGCGAUUCUCAACGCUCUCAAUCAGAUCGGAUGGGCCAUGGUCAACUGCAUUUCCGGCGCUUCGGUUCUGUACGACAUGGGAGAUGGCAAGCUGCCUCUGACAGUGUGUAUCCUUCUCAUUUCCCUCCUGGCCAUCGUAAUCGGUCUCUUUGGGUACCACAUGGUUCACCACUUUGAACGCUACUUCUGGAUGGUGAUGCUCGUGUGCUUCAUCAUCGUUGCCGGCUUUGGUGGCGAACACUUCAUCAACCUUCCCAUGGGCAGUGGAUCGGCCGAGGCUUCGAGUAUCCUCUCUAUGGGCACCGCCAUCAUCGGAUUUCAAGUCGCCUGGCUCCCUGUCGCCUCCGACUAUGCCGUUUACAUGCGCGAAACCACCAGCGGGACGACCACUUUUUGCUGGACUUAUGGUGGUUUGAUCCUCAGCCAGAUCUUCAUUGAGCUUCUCGGUGCUGCCGUGGGCACUCUAAGUCUCAGCCCUAACGCUCUGUUCACCGACGCGUAUGCGAAUCGUGGAAUCGGCGGAUUGAUUGGCUCUGUUUUCCAAGGGCAUGGUUCAGGUGUGAGAGGGUUUGGCAAAUUCAUCGAGGCCAUUCUGGGCUUCUCCACCGUCGCCGUUAUCAUCACCAACCUUUAUUCGCUAGGGCUUAAUGUCCAGAUCAUCUCGACCAAGCUCCUUGUGGUCCCUCGCCUGGUCUGGUCCCUCAUCGGCAGCGCUGUGUUUCUGGUCUGCUCUAUGGCUGGGCGCGAGCAUCUCGAGGAAGUCAUGGAGAAUUUCCUGCUCAUCUGUGCCUAUUGGAUUGUUCCCUUCAGCACUAUUCUCCUUCUCGAGCAUUUUAUCUGGCGACGCGACUACAGUUAUGAUCUUACCGCCUACAACGAUGCGUCGAAGCUCCCAUACGGUAUUGCCGCAUUGAUCACCUGGGUCAUCGGCACCGUUUUGGCUCUCAUCUCCAUGAGUCAGACGUGGUGGGUCGGUCCCAUUGCCAAAGCCGUUGGAGGCUCGCCCUACGGCACGGAUGUUAGCUGGAUCCUAGCUUUUGCCGUAACUGUCUUGCUCUACAUUCCUUUGAGAUAUUGGGAGCGAAAGAAAUGGGGUCUGUAG